AUGAGAGAGACGAUGGACAAAAUCCCAAAUACCAAUCAUGGAUCUGGCUGUUUUGAACAUUGCCCGCCUCUGCAAAGCAGCACGACGACUUCUCCUGCGGUCAGCCGCCUCCUGAGAUUUGGAGCCGUCGCCCUCAUUGUUGGAGCAGUGUUGAUGUUGUGUGCAUCGCUGGCUGCUCUCUACUUGUGGAAAGUCAGCGAUAGCAAUGUUUAUAAUGUCCGCUACAGUAUGAACAUCAAUGGGGAGGUGAGGCAGGGCUCCGUGGAAAUUGAUUCAGACAACAACCUGAAGAGAUUUAAAACUGGGAGUGGAGCUGAGGAAACUGUGGAGAUUCACGACUUUCAAAUUGGAAUCACCGGAAUACGCUUCUAUGGAGGAGAAAAGUGCUAUAUAAAAUCCCAAAUCAAAGCCAAUCUUCCACACAUAGGAGCUGUCAACAAAGAGUCGCUGAUGUUUGACCUGACUGAUGAAGUAAUUCCAGUGAGUUUUGAUGAAGAGUUCCUCAUGUGGGUUUCUGCUGAACAGCCGCUGAAGGACACCAGCUUUCUGAGCAACACAAUUCUGGAUCUUUGCGGGGAUCUUCCCAUUUACUGGCUGCGACCUAUUUAUUCUAAAGAUGGGGAGAGAAGAAAGAGAGACACACAGCGAGCCAAACGGCAGUUUAACAUAGAGGAGAUAGAGACAUCUGCUGACGAGAGGAGCCCAGUGAGUCACACGGAAGAUGACACCUCCAAAGUCAUGGAAAAAGAGGAGGGGGCACACUCUGCUGCGGGGUCAGCAUACAAUCCUGAAAACCCCUAUCAUCGCAGUGGAGGGUCCAGAGAGGAAGGUGCCAUGACCUUUGACAGCAUGUUGGACCACCAGGGGAUCUGCUGUGCAGAGUGCCAACGCCGCUACACUCACUGUCAGAGGAUAUGCGAGCCUCUGCGCGGACACUGGCCGUGGCCUUACAACUACAGAGGGUGCCGGGUGGCUUGCCGAGUCAUUAUGCCCUGUCGCUGGUGGGUGGCACGCAUUUUAGGUCUAGUGUAA